GCGGCGGAGGGCGCCCAGGGAGGUGGCACCCAGACCAACCUCUCAGGUGCUGCCUGGGCGCACAUGCCGCCGCCUUGUCUGGAUGUUUGACCCAUGGUGGGAAAAGGCAGCUGCCUCCAGGUUGGAUGUGAAUGGCCCAGGCCUGGGACAAAGCCCAAGAGCCUUGGCCGAGCCCGGCCGCUGUCCGGGUGCGGGAGCUGAGCUGGCAAGGCCUGCACAACCCAUGCCCUCAGAGCAAGGACCCGGGCAGCCACAGGGGCAGCCAUGACGAGCGGCUGGUAGAGGAGCACCUGUCACCGGCCCGACUGCGGGCCCUGGCCCAGGUAGAUGACCUUCAACUGGUGAACAUGCUGGAGAUGUGCAUCAGCACCCGUGAGAGCAGCCUGGGGAACUUUGGGGUGCACCUGCCCAACCUCAGCCAGCUGAAGCUGAAUGGCAGCUGCCUGGGCUCCGUGAGGGACCUGGGCACCUCCCUGGGCCGCCUGCAGGUGCUGUGGCUGGCGCGCUGCGGCCUCACUGACCUGGAUGGCAUUGGCUGCUUCCCGGCCCUGAAGGAGCUCUACGCCUCCUACAACGACGUCUCCGACCUGAGCCCACUGUGUCUGCUGGAGCAGCUGGAGGUGCUGGACCUGGAGGCCAACAGCGUGGACGACCGGGGGCAGCUGCGCUACCUGCAGCUCUGCCCCAGGCUGGCCACGCUCACCCUGGAGGGCAACCCGGUGUGUCUGCGGCCGGGGCCCGGCGCCUCCAGCAAGGUGCCCCCGGGCUACAACUAUCGGGCCGAGGUGAGGACACUCAUCCCCCAGCUGCAGGUCCUGGACGACGUGCCAGCCACACGCACCAGCGUGCCAGCCCCCCGGAAGCUGGACCAGGACUGGCUCAUGGUGAAGGAGGCCAUCAAGGAGGGCAGCGUCUCGGACAGCCUGUUCCCUGGGCUGGAUCAUCCCCACGGAGCUCCCAUUCCAAGAUUCGGCUCCCAGCUCUCCUUGCCUGAGACCCAGCCACGGGCCCCCAGGCCAUGGCCCCUCUCGCUGCUGGUCACUGGGGGUCCCCUGCCUGGAGGUUUGCUUCCCAAGGACCCAGCUCCACAGGAUGACACCAGUAGCCUCACCCACGGUGCCAGCCAAGUCCUCUGUGGAAACCCCACCAAAGGCCUGCGGGAGCGUCGACACCAGUGCCAGGCCUGGACAGCUCUGGAGCCGCUGGCCUCAUGCGAGGACCCGGCCGCCAGCGCCUCCCCAGGGCCUGACCCUGCGGACAGCAGUGACCUCCUGGCCUUGGCUAGGCUCCAGGCCUGGAGGGAGCCGCACCUUCGGGCUGCACCCCCUUCCCCCUCUAGUUCCCUUCCCAGUAGGUACCUGGAGUCCCAGCAGGAAGGUGCCACAGCCCCCUGGGGCCUACAGAGGGGCCCUGAAGAGCAAGGGGACAAGUCGAGGCCCAGGACUCCCUCCAGCCCCCUAGGCCUGGUCCCAGAGCCUUCUAGGACCUCGGGCUGUAACCUGAUCCCUUCUCCCCCUAAGUUCCCCAUGCCAUCAGAUUCCAGCAACAGCUCCUGGGGGUCCACAGACUUGCAGUUCAGGAGGCGUAGGCUCAGAGGCCUAGGCAGCUUGAGGCCUGGCCUGGGUCAGGGGCCUGGCCUGGGUCAGGGGCUAGCUGCGGUGACAGCUCUGAGAACCCUGGAGAUGACCUCGGGCCCAAACCCUCCAGCCCAAGGAUGUCCAGGCCCAAAGCCAGCCCCAGAGCCAGCAGCCGGACCCCCAGGCCUCCGGUGCAUGCCGCACCUGAACCCUAUCACUCCAGCCCAAUCCCACCCCUAGUGUAAACCCCCACCCACUGCCAAGCUGGCCUGGACUGUGGGUCAAGGAGCCCCGGGUGGUGGUGGGAGCCCCAUGUGAACUCUGGCCUUAUGGAACCCAGAGCAUCUUGAUGAGUGUGUUGGGGGGUGGGAAAUAGGCUUGACAUAAGA